CACAAAAAUAUUAAGCCACCACCUUAAUACUUAUUCACUUCUUCUAUUGCUAGCACUAUCAUACAACUUAACUACUACUACUGCUUUAUAAAAUCAUACCCUAUAAAACACCUUUCUUUGCAAGUUUGCGUUACAAACUUUUACAAUUUCUCCAACAGUUGCACAUUACAAGUUGGUUAACAACAUUUCUCUUUCCUUGCAAGAAAGCAGCAUCUCUGCAUAGAAAUCUUGAAGGAGUGGGAAGACAGUUUUUUGGCUUCGAUCAAUCAGUUCAAGGUUCAAGAACUUGAUUUUAGCAUCUGGGGUGGCUCGGAUUUGGUUAUACAAGUGAAGGUGUAGAAGAGCUUGAGAAUCUUGGAAGAAUGGAGGCCAUUGUGGCUCAUGAAAAUGAUCUGAAUCUCAAGGCAACUGAGCUUAGGUUGGGGUUGCCAGGCACUGACGAGUCUGAGAAAGAAUCAGCAUCAUGUACUAAGAAUAACAAGAGAAGCUUGCCUGAGUGCGCUGAAGAAAGUGCAAAAAACGAUGAUCUUGAUGCUCAACAUGGCGACUGCGAAGCUGCACCUGCUGCCAAGGCACAGAUCGUGGGGUGGCCACCAGUCAGGUCCUACAGGAAAAAUAGUCUCCAACAAAAGAAGGCAGAAGCUGAGACUGGAUUCUAUGUCAAAGUGAGCAUGGAUGGAGCCCCUUAUCUUAGAAAGAUUGAUCUGAAAGUAUACAAGGGGUACCCGGAGCUCCUCAAAGCUUUGGAAUAUAUGUUCAAACUCACAAUAGGUGAGUAUUCUGAGAGGGAAGGUUACAGAGGAUCAGAAUAUGCACCUGCAUAUGAAGAUAAAGAUGGUGACUUGAUGCUAGUUGGUGAUGUUCCCUGGGAAAUGUUUAUGUCAUCCUGCAAGAAACUGAGAAUCAUGAAAGGAUCAGAAGCCAGAGGCCUGGGAUGUGGGGUAUGAAUAUCCCAAAAGCUGCAUCAGCCUACAAGAAUUAGAAGAGAAGAUACCUCUCAGGGAGAGAGGAAUUCUCAGCUUGGGUUCUCGAAGAAGAACUUCGAAAUUAAAAGCCUCUUGUAGCAAAACAGUUUUUUGUGGACUAUGAAUAGGAAGUUAACAGAAGAAAGGCCAUAGCAACUACAGGUUUUUUCUUUUUCAAGUUACAGAAGAACCGCGGUGGUUUCAGAUCCUGUAACAUUUGUGUUUUGCUUGUAAUAAUCCAUCAGACAAAAACAUAUAUAUGAUAUUUGCUUUCACAGCAAAUGUGUAAAGGAACAUAUACCCCUUGCCACCCAAAUUUUGCUCAUUUUUUCUGGAAUAUGAAUAUCAAUUAACAGGGUUCAAAGCA